CCCUCGGCCCUCCUGUGCUAAACUUAGCCCCUGACAGUACCACUUCUCAUCACAACAUACUCGGAAGACCACAGCGGGUUACAAUGGAUGGUGUCGAGUUACCGCAGAUGCUGCUGUAUCUCACCGGUGAGGCUGACAAAACAAGACACUGACGAGUUUGAUUCAAUUGUGUCACUGGCGGAGAAGCUGAAUGAGCAGGUAGCUCAUGCUGCAGAUGAGAGGUUACAGUCUGAGCUUCAGUCUCUGGUAACACUCACGAUGGAGGUGGAAAGAAAAGAAAACCAGAGUGAAGAGCUGGAUUCUUCAUCAACAACAAGUUUUCAACAAGAAAACUCUGAGGAACCGAGUCAGAAUGGUUCUGCCCUGCCUGCAGCUAAAAGCAAAAGUGCACUCACACAGUCCUCCCCUUCAAGUGCUGCGCCGUCCUUCUCGUCUCUUUUACCGAAAGCUCUCUCUGCUGUUCUUCAUGCGACGCUGCCUCCACGUUACAGCUCCGUGCCUCGGCCAAUCAGAAACCCACCGAACCUGGAACAACUGCAGACAGAGCUGAGAGAACUGAGGGCUAACUUUGAACAGAUGAAGAGUCAGCACAACAAAGAAAUUAAACUGCUGAUGAAUGAGCUAGAUGAGGAGAAAAGGAUUCGUUUGACUUUACAGAUGGAGGUACAACGUAUGAAGAAGCACAUGUCUAAAUGAGCAGGAAGACACAAUAAGCAUCAAGAGAUUCUGAUUUGACUAAAAGAACCAAGUUUUAAAAGUCCUGUUCUACACCUGUUUGGUAAAUGUUAUUUCUCUAAGUUAUACAAAUCAUCCCUGCUCCUUUUUGAUGAAGAAUUAUUAUAUUUAUUUGAAAAACAUGUCUCUUAGAUGUUUUAUUUUUUACUAGAUUGCUGACUGAAAGGACUCAGUGUUUUUUACUGAGUCAUUGUUGAAAAGUGUGAGCGCAGCAGGAGCAGACUCAAGGUGAAAGUCUGCUACAAACCCGAUGUCACACUGAGAAGAGGGUGUGUUGGCUUUCUCUCUUGGAAGUGAGCAGUGCAUGGCCCAGUUAUACAUUUAAUUUAUUUAUUUCUGUAGAUAGACCCUUGAUGACUGUGGCAUCUUUAGCAUCCUGUGGUGGGGGAAAUGCUUUUUUAAAGUGUUUUGAGGUUUCCACAACUUGUUUUCUGUGGGAACCCAUAUUUGUAAUGACUGUUGGUUAGAGGCCUCAAUGUGUGUUGAUGAUUCAUUUUCAAUCAUUUUUCUUUUAUCCAACAGUGAAGGAUAAAGGGCAGCACAAACACGGGGCCCUCUGUCAUAUUUAAGGGCAUGUAUAUUUUUCAAAAAUGUAAUAAUUUGUCUUUUGAUUUAGAAAAAAUGAGCUGACUGAGCUGUCAGUUAAUGUAUUGGUUGCUGACGUUCAGGAGCAUUGUGAAUUCAUUAAAGA